UGUGGCCCAGGCCACGUGAGAACCAAACCCGCUGUGGGGAGGAGUGCGCGCGGGCAUAGUUGGGGACGGCGAGCGAGUGAGGGGGAUUCGUUCCCCUUCAUGCCGUCUCUCUUCGCGGGAUCUCUCUGCUGGUAAAGCGGCUGCCCUUCCUUUUCGCGUUCUCCCAGCGAGGUGCGAGGCCCUGCAUCAAACUAAGCAAAGGAAAUUGCAUGCUACUUUCUCUCAGAGCUUUUCUGAAGGCAGCCAGGACCCUUAGCAGAAGUGAGAAAUUGGCCUUGCUGCCAAAGAAGACACGCAGUCACACCGGUGUGUUCAGAUUCCAAAACACGGGUGCCUUGCCUUUGACCAGCCUGUGGUACCACCAACCCGGCGUCUCUAGCUUUCCCCUCCCAGCAGCUUUGCAUGCUUGUCAUCUGACGCCCCUGUGCACCGCCUCUGAGAUGGCAGAGCAGCGGUACUGCGUGGACUAUGCCAAGCGAGGCACCGCUGGCUGCAAGAAGUGCAAAGAGAAGAUUCUCAAGGGGAUGGUACGCAUUGGAAAAGUGGUGCCCAAUCCCUUCACUGAAUCUGGUGGAGACAUGAAGGAGUGGUAUCAUGUCAAGUGCAUAUUUGAGAAACUGGAGAGGGCUCGGGCCACAACAAAGAAGAUUGAAGAUAUCACAGAUCUGGAAGGCUGGGAGGAACUGCAGGAGGGUGAAAAGGAGAUGAUCAAUCAGCACAUCUCAGAACUUUCUUCCAAAACUGCAAACACUCCAAAGAAAAAGGCCAUCAUCCAGGCAAAGAUUUCUCCUGGUGGACAAAUAACGUCACCCAAGAAAAUGCCUCUGGUUUCUUCAGAUCCUUCGCCAAAGAAAUUUUCAGGUUUUACAGCAAAGGCAGGCACUUCUGAGGAAAUAGCUACCUCUGGCUCUUCCCACAAGCCAAGCUUGUCCGCCGAGAAGAGUGAUCCAAAACACAAAGACUGUUUGCUGCGGGAAUUCAGGAAGCUGUGUGCGAUGGUGGCUGACAAAUCCAGUUACAAUGUCAAAACUCAGAUAAUUCAGGACUUUUUGCAGAAGGGAAGCAGUGGAGAUGGCUUUCGUGGUGAUCUCUACCUAACAGUAAAGUUACUUUUGCCCGGAGUCAUUAAGAGUGUUUACAACUUGAAUGACAAACAGAUCAUCAAGCUCUUCAGUAGGAUAUUCAGCUGCAGCCAGGAAGACAUGGUUCGAGACCUGGAGCAGGGUGAUGUUUCGGAAACGGUGCGGAUCUUUUUUGAGCAAAGCAGGUCUUGCCCUCCUGCUGCCAAGAGCCUUUUGACAAUCCAGGAAGUUGAUGAGUUCCUGACGCAGUUAUCCAAACUUUCCAAAGAAGAGGAGCAACAAAACCUACUGCAAGAGAUUGCACUGAGGUGCACCGCUAAUGACCUGAAGUGCAUCAUUCGGCUGAUUAAGCACGACUUGAAAAUGAACGCUGGCGCGAAGCAUGUACUUGAUGCAUUGGACCCCAAUGCUUUUGAGGCUUUCAAAGCAUCCCGUAACCUCCAUGACGUGGUGGAGCGAGUGCUGAAAAACCAGCAAGAGUCUCAGCCAGGCAUGAAGAAAAUUCUUAGUGUCCAGGCAGCCCUGAUGACCCCAGUUCAGCCCAUGCUGGCCGAAGCUUGCAAAUCUAUUGAGUAUGCCAUGAAAAAGUGUCCCAAUGGCAUGUAUGCAGAAAUUAAGUAUGAUGGAGAGCGUGUCCAAGUGCACAAAAAGGGAGAUCAUUUCAGCUAUUUCAGCCGCAGUCUGAAACCAGUUCUCCCUCACAAGGUGGCUCAUUUUAAGGACUUCAUCCCCAAGGCCUUUCCAGGAGGGCACAGUAUGAUCUUGGACGCUGAAGUUCUUCUGAUUGACACCAGGAUAGGGAAGCCUCUGCCUUUUGGGACCCUCGGGGUGCAUAAGAAAGCUGCUUUCCAAGAUGCCAAUGUCUGCCUUUUUGUCUUUGACUGCAUCUAUUUCAAUGAUGUCAGUCUGAUGGACAGGCCUCUGCGUGAGCGUCGCAGAUUUCUCCAUGAUAACAUGGUGGAAAUCCCCAACCGAAUUCUCUUUUCAGAGAUGAAGCAUGUCACGAAAGCCUCAGACCUUGCAGACAUGAUCAACCGGGUCAUCCGCGAAGGGCUGGAGGGAUUAGUGCUGAAAGAUGUGAAGAGUAUUUAUGAACCAGGAAAACGCCACUGGCUCAAAGUGAAAAAGGACUAUCUGAACGAGGGAGCAAUGGCAGACACAGCAGACCUGGUGGUUUUGGGUGCCUUCUAUGGCCAGGGGAGCAAAGGUGGGAUGAUGUCCAUCUUUCUCAUGGGGUGCUAUGAUCCUGACAGCCAGAAGUGGUGCACAGUGACCAAAUGUGCUGGUGGACAUGAUGAUGCCACACUUGCCCGGCUGCAGAAGGAAUUGGACAUGGUGAAAAUCAGCAAGGAUCCCAGUAAAAUUCCAGACUGGCUAAAGAUUAAUAAGAAUUAUUAUCCUGAUUUCAUUGUUCCAGACCCAAAGGAAGCACCAGUCUGGGAGAUCACAGGUGCUGAAUUCUCUAAAGCAGAGGCCCACACUGCUGAUGGGAUCUCCAUCCGCUUCCCCCGGUGUACUCGUAUCCGAGAUGACAAAGAUUGGACGACGUCCACUACCCUCCCACAACUCAGGGAGCUGUACCAGUUGUCCAAAGAGAAAUCGGACUUCCUGGUGGUAGCUGCGGAGGAGGAGAACUCUACAGCAGGCAGCAGUGGAGAGACUGAGGGCCAGCCCAAGUCAUCUUCUCCUCAGAAGGCUGCAAAACAACACUCCGGGAAGUCCCCCGCAAAAGCCAAGAAGCCUGAAGUCAGCAAACCAGUAGAAAGGUCUCCACUGAAGAAAACUGAGGGAAAGAGAGGAGAAAAAAGGAAGGCACCCGAGCUGGAGGCGGACAAAAGAAAGCAGAUGCUACUGGACAUAUUCACUGGGGUUAAGCUUUAUCUUCCUCCUUCUGUGGAGGGUUUCGGGAAACUCAAGCGUUAUUUCAUAGCCUAUAAUGGAGACCUGGUUCAAGAGUAUGAUGCUACUUCAGCAACCCACGUGAUGGAGAGGAUGGAAGACAACCCAACUGCUAAGCAUGUGUCCCCUGAGUGGAUUUGGGAAUGCAUUCGAAAGAGAAGGCUGGUAACUCCCUGCUAGAUUAUCUGUUGUAAGCAAAUAGUUCCAGUGGAAAACAUGGUUACAUUUGGAGACUCCUUAACUGCACCCGUUAAAUAAGCACCAUCUGGAAUGAAUUACGUACCGAAUGAAAAACUAACUUAAUAGAAAUUAAUUUAAAGUAUUUCCACUUGUUUUUAAUGUUCAGGUUUUUUAAUGAAAUAUAGGGGGAAAAAACCUUAUCUGGAAGCCCCCUUCCCUAAUUAUGACUCACGUGUGCCAUAAAACAAAUCAGUUCUUCAUAACAGAACGUUGUGCAGAAAUUGUGUAUACAACUUUUUAAAGAUCAAUUUGGCACUACAUAACCAUGUGUGUCUAGUCAUUUCUAUUUCUCAGCCCUUCACUGCUUGACAGUUUAGUUUAUCCUUGUUUGCGCCUAGUGCUUUUUAGAAAAGUCACUAGCAUGCACUUAUCUGCUAUGUUUUGUUUGAAGUGAAACACUGCUCCUUUUUGAUAGAAUUUUGAAUGGAUGGUCUCAUUACCAGAUGGAUUUGCAGGGGCUGAACAACCAUACCAACACAUGGUCUUUAACGGUACUAUGUCAACAUGGAGAACAGCAUCCAGUGAGGUAGCUCAGGGUUCUGUCCUGGACCUAAUGCUCAGUAUUUUCAUAAAUGACUUAGAUAAAAUGACAGAAAGGACACUUAACCAAAUUUGAGAUGACACAAAGCUAGAGAUUUCUAACACCUCAGAAGACAGGUUCAAGGUUCAUAAAGAUACGGAUAGACUUGAACGUUGGGCCCUAUCCAACAAAAUGCAAUUCAGUGGGAAGAUAUACAGGUAGUCCUCUCUUAACGACCCUAAUUGGGACUGGAAUUUCCCUAGCUAAGCAAAGCAGUAGCUAGGCAGAACAUCAUGUGACCGCACCACUUAGCGACAGCAGUUCUGGCAGUCCUGGUUGCGGUCAUUAGGCAAGAACCACGCCAUCAUUCGGUGAGGAGCUCACACUUCUCCUGCUCUGCGCAAACUGCAGGCUCCAUCCUGCUGUCUUCUCCCUAGCCAGGCUCAGUGAGCUCCAUUCUGCAGAUGAGCCUCUGCUGCCCUGCCAGAGUCACCUUGGCUUCCUCUCCCCCCAACCUCUGGCCACCCUGCAUUCCACCACCUACCCUCACCACCCUCAGCUGACCAUCAUCUUCCUCCCGCUGCUGAUGUGGCACACCCAACCAAGGCAGCUGCUGACUCUUCGUGAUAUUUCAUGCCCGGCACUCAGCCAUCCCAGCUAUCCCCAGCUGACCUUUGCCAUCGUCUUACUCCUCCUGCUGCUGAGGCACACCUGGCCAAGGCGCAGUGGCAGGAAGAAGACAGCAAAGGUCAGCUGGGGGUGGCAUGGGUGCAGAGCGGUGGGGCAGCCAAAAGGGCAGAGAUAAGGGAGGAGUGCGGGGGGGUGUUGACACACAUGCUGUAGUCAUAAAUGCAGGUGGGUUGCCAAGUGCCCAAAUUUUGAACAUGUGACUGGAGGGAUGCUGUAACAGCCGUAACUUCAAGAACCAGUCAUAACUAUCAUUCGUUCAACGCUGUCGUAACUUGGUCACUGGACAAAUGGUUAAGGACUACCUGUAUAGGGUUCUACACUUAGGAAAAAACAUGCAUAGGUACAAAAUAGCUGGUACCUGGGUCAGCAGUAGUACUUGUGAGAAGAGUCUGGGCAUCCUGGUAGACAGUAAGUUAAGCAUGAGCCAGCAGCAGUAUGUUCAGCUGCUGAAAGAGCUAAUGCAAACUUGGGCUGCAUCAUCAGAGGUACAGUGUCAAGAUCACAGGACAUGAGUGCUUUACUCUAUGCUACAUUGGUAAGACCACACCUGAAAUAUUGCAUCCAGUUCUGUCACAAUCCAAGGAUGCUAAGAAACUGUAAUGGUGCAGAGAACAACCAGAUGAUGAAGGUCUUAGAGGCAUUGGGUAUGUUCAGCCUAAAGAAAAGAAGACUAAGGGGAGACAUGAUAGCAGUCUUCCAAUGCUGUCCCAGAAAAGAGGGAGUGGAUUUAUUUUCCAUAGCUCCCAAGGGUAGGACUAAAACCAAUGGAUGGAUGAUUUGCAAAGGGAAAUCUAAACUCAAAAUAAGGAAGAAUUUUCUGACCUUGAGAGCUCUUAAGCAGUGGAACAGAUUGCCUCCUGUCGUCAUGGGUGGUCCAUCACUGGAGGUUCUCAAGCAGAGUGGACAGCCAUUUGUCUGAGAUGGUAUGAAAAUUUCUGCCCUGGAUGGGAGUGGACCUGAAGACCUCCAAGGUCCCUUCCAACCCUAUGAUUCUAAAGGUGCUAGUAGGAAUUCAUGGACCACAGAGGUGGCUUCAAUGUUCUAUUAGUUCUGCUGUGGUACUCCAUCUGGGAGAAAGGCAGGGAAAAGACUUGUCUGCAUUUGCAUUCUUACAAAACAGUUUUUUAACUUAACAGCCCAACUGCAUUUUUCAUGGAAGUUCACAUUAACCAGUCAUAUAUACUGAUAAUUAGAGCUGGUCUAUUUUGCAGGAGUUGUGAAAUCUUCUGAACUGAAAACAAAAUACUGUGGGGGGGAAUUUCCCCCCAAAUUUAGGACAAAAUGGAGCAUUUCGUUCCAGACGGUUUUGAGCAUUAUGUCAUAGAUAAUGGAACUCAAAGCAAGGCUUUGCUUUUCAUCUGAGAGCCACAAGAGUAAAUGAGGUGGUACAAUACCCACCUGCAACUUGCAGAAAAAAUGGUCAAGGGGGAUUUUAAAUUAUCCAUUGCAAAAAGUGGAAGGAACAGUUAAGUGAAUUUGUUGGAUGCUACUGGAGUUUCACUUACACUGGUAGCACAACAUGCUCUGGUUCAAACUGUUACACCACCAAGACAUAGUCACACACAAGGAUAGGUUUCCAGCUUUCAUUAUCAAAGUAUCAAGUACCUCAUGUGAAACCUGAAAUAUAUUCUUUGUUAAAAAGUGAAGAGGAGCAUAAUUUAGUAACACAUUUCCAUUUUAUUAUAAAAUUAUAAAGCAGAACUCUGUGCUAAUGAGGCCUGUUGAAAGACAGCUUCUCACAGUCAAGAUUAACUUUCCCACUGUUCAGACAAGCAUACAUUGCUGUAUUAAUUUUUUCUGGCAGAACAAAAGAAAUCCUCCACAGCUUAGUGCAGCAGCAGCAGCAGCAGCCUCCUAUCAGUCGCAAAGCAGCAUCACUUUAUGGAGAAGAUUUCACUUCACCAAAAUUCAAAUCAGAGUCAUGGAAAAUACCAAAUUUUGAAUCAAAACAGGGUGGCAGUGGGAACUUAAUGAUUGAACCAAGUGAUGCCAAGAAGGAAACAAGCCAAUUGUUUUGCCCAUUAUUGGAGUGCAAUUGUCCUCCUCCCAACUCCUUUUUUUCCUGAGUGGGAAGGAUCAGAAUAGCCCAACACUUUGGGAAGGCCCAGCAGCAACUAAUUCGUUAAGUCACCUCCCUGUUCACAUUGGACUUUAGUCACAGGUAGACUUGGGUAUUUUCCUUCUUCAGCUUCCUACCUCUUCUUCACCACUGUUACCCGUACCAGCAAUUUUCUCUUAUGCAUGUUCAACAUCUAUGUUCACAAUAUUCACCAUAUAUGCUCCUUUAUUCAUUAACUGCCCAGAACUGGAAUGUAAAGCAAAAAGCAAAAGUCCUUCCUAAGAGGGAAAAGGGAAGUUUAAGAGCAAAAUAGCAGUGACUCAAAUAAGAUUUCUAACAUUAACUGAAGUUUUAAGAUUUCCUAUAUGAAAAAAGUAGUUUUUUCCUGUCUCCCGCCCCCCAUCCCAAAGAAAUGGGAUAUAAAUUGUUUCCAACUUUGGUUUGAUACAGUGCCAAUCCAUGUUACUCUUCAGUUUAAAAUUGCACCAAAGCGCGCCCCCCCCCAAAAAAAGCUUUUUACUAUCCACAAACAAUGAUAGUGGUUGCAGAGGUUACAGAUAUACAUGUAGAGGUUAUAUCUUGCAAAAUGUUAUCAAAAGCUGUUUAGAAAAAGCAGAUGGAACAGAGGUUAACAAGGACCGAGGCUGAUGUGCCAGGCAUUUGGGAUAUCGCCAUGCCCAAUAGUGCAAUUUUGAAGCUAGAUCUUUGGAAACAGUAAGGGAGAGGAAGGUAAUUUAUAUAAUAUAUACUGCAUGUGCACACUAAUUUCUAAAAAAGCUUGCUUUGGGUGCCUGUGGAAUCUAUGGGAGAAGGGGAAAGGGGGGGAAAGAUUUGUGAUGCAGCCUCUCCACAAUAAACCAAUCUACCCAUCAGUGCAACCUGUAAAGAAAAUGCCUAAGUUCCUCUUAUUUUACACACACCUCAGAACUUAAGGCAGGGAUCGUGCACUUCCCAUGUUCUGAAGCACAAUUCCCUUGCUGCUAAGGCUAAAAGAAUUGCAGUACAAAACAUCUGGAAGGUACCAGAUUGUGUACUGUGGGUUUAAGGCAAAUUAAGGCAUCUUCAACCUGCAAGGCAUUUAACAAUUUGGGAAACAGCCAGAAUUUGAGAAAGCACUUGGGUUGACUGGGAAUUAAGACACAACAGUGAAGGAAGCAGCUGAUAUAAAAGUGUCAUAUUUCUUAAGGCUUUUAUACAACAUGGAGAGAAAAACAGCCUUUCUGAAAUACCCUUGGAAGAAGGUAGUAUGUAAACAACUAAGUAGUUCUCCUGGAUUUUUUCCAAGCCAUUUUUAACAAUUACUGAUGAGCUUUCUCCAUGGUUCUUCCUAAAACAGUCCUCUCCAUCACUUGUAAAAGUAGGAUUCAGGCCAAGGUUCAUGGGAAUUCAUGAACUGUAGUCUGACAGCUGAACACAUUUGCAUAGUCACUCAAAAAUGGUCUCAGCAGAACAUGGCAGAAGCCCCUCCACCUUACGAGUGAAAAGUCCCAUCUCUAACCUCGUGCAUCCAAUUUCUACCAGUGCUUCACUGAAUUAUGAAAGGAUAGAAGUUUUUUUUUUUUUUUU